UCCGGCUCCGGCUCCGGCGUGGCGGGCGGGGCGCCGGGAGAGUCGCGCGCCGGACAGUGGCCUUUAUGGGAACGUUUUCCUCCGAGGUCGGGACAAAGGCGGCGCCACCAUGGCUCUCAGCGCGGCCGACAAAGGCUCCGGCACCAAGGAUCUGGAAUCCCUUGACACCUAUAUCCAGAACACACUGUCUUCCCUCUACCCACCUUUUGAGGCCACGGCAGCCACGGUGCUCUGGCAGCUGUUCAGUGUGGCUGAGAGGCUCCACGGUGGGGAUGGGCUGCGCUGCCUCACUGACUUCCUCAUUCCAGCCAAGAAGGUCCUACAAUACCUGCAGCAGGAAGCCUGUGCCAGGUACACAGGCCUCAUCUUCUUCCACGAAGGCUGGCCACUGUGCAUCCAUGAGAAGGUUGUGGUGCAGCUGGCAUCCCUCCGCGGAGUUAGGCUCAGGCCUGGGGACUUCUAUCUACAGGUCACAUCAGUGGGGAAGCAGUCAGCCAGACUGGUUUUAAAAUGCCUUUCUCAGCUUGGACGGGGCUCAGAAGAAGUUACUGUCCCUGAGGCCAUGUACAGCUGCGUCUUCACAGGAGAGUUCCUGGAACAGCUGAACGGGGAGCGGAACGGUGUCCCCUUGCAAAACUGCUUGCUGACCUCAGGCUCCGCCGUCUUCCGCACCCCAUGGAGCAGUGUCACAGACCCCAUCUUUGUCCCAACAUUCAGGACCGCCCUGCCCCACCGCAGCUGCCCCAGGCCUGAGCAGCCACCACCUAGAAGUGCCUCCAAAGCUCUAGCCCCAGCACCAGUCAUGGCCAGCACUCGUCCCCAUGAGAGUACCCCUCCCAGUGACACCCCCACCCUGCCCCACUGUGGUGGGCAACCCGGCAGUGACCAGCCCAUCCACCAGCCUUCUGCAGGAAGGGCUGGGUGGGAAAACCCUAGAAGCACGUUCUGGAGCUCUGACGGAGGCCUUGUAGGGGUUGGGCCCUCAGAGCCAGGCUUGUGGGAAGGACCAGGAGAGAGCCUGGACCCCACAGACAAAAGAGAUGGUCCCCAGGCCCUCACUGUCCGUGAGGACAUGGGCAGCCCAAGUUCCAGAAGGCAGUCACCCAGGGACCCAGCCUGCAUGGAGGCCAGACGUUGGUUUAGGAAGUCCUAUAUGGAGGCCCUGCGGAACCCCAUGCCCCUGGGCUCCAGUUCCGAAGAGUCCCUUGGGGAUGAGGCCUGCAGCUCCGAGACCAUAGCGGCUGGGGCAGCAGCCAGCCGAACCCAGAAGGAAACCCCCAGCCUCUGGGGAGACCACGGGGAGAUCUCAAGUCAGGAAAGCGAUCCAGGAGCCGCUAGGAGCACCCUUCCCAGGCGGUCUCGGUCCUGUGACAGGUCCUUCAGGAGCUCCCGAGGUGAGGCCCGGCGGGCCUCCCACCACUCACUCAGCACCAGGCCUGGAGGUCUUUUAGGAGGACAAGCCGAGGGGACCAGACGUGCAGGCUCCAGCGGCCCCUCCUGCACCACAGGGGAGAGUCCAGCCAGUGUUAACACCAACAGCAAUGCUCUCCGGGCUCGUGCUCCUGGCUGGAUUUCAGAUGUGCUUGUUGAGCCGUUGUGCCCAGAGGGAGAAGGACAGCCGCCCAGCACAGGAGACCCGCCCAAGCAGGGACCCAGGAAUAUGCUGGAGGUCAGCCAGGAGCUCCUGCAGUCCGGGGUCGUCGUCCUCCCAGGGACCCGGGAUCACCAAGGGAGAGCAGUGGUACAGGUCUGCACAACGAGCCCGCUCUGGUCCAGCAGACACAGCUCCAGCGCCGAGCUGACCCGCCUGUUGCGGUACCUCCACGGCAUCCCCAGGAAGGAGGUGCGGGAGCUGGGGCUGGUCAUUCUGGUGGACGCUCGCAAGGGUCCGGCCACGCCUGCUCUCUCCCGGGCCCUGGCAGGACUUCAGAACACAGCUCCUCCCAUAAUUCAUAGUAUUGUGUUCUUGAUGAAUAAAGAAUCAGCAUUUAGGCCUGACAAGGAUGGAAUAAUUCAGUGUGAGGUGGUGGGCUCCCUGAAGGCCUUGCACAAACUUGUUGACAGCUCCCAGCUGACUGCAGACCUCGAUGGCUCUUUCCCCUACAGCCACAGUGACUGGAUCUGCUUCCGUAGGAAGCUGGAGCCCUUUACCACAAACUGUGAGGAUGCCAUUGUUUUCCUGCAAAAUUCAGUCCGAUCCCUAAACACCCACAGGACUCUGAGCACAGCACAGGAGGUCACAGACCUAAUCAGCCAGCACAAGGAGACAAUGAAAUGUGUGCUGGAAGACGCACUGCUGGUCGCCCUCCGCUUGGAGGGUGGCACUGUGCUGGCGCGGCUGAGGAGGGAGCAGCACGGUGCCGGCCAAGACUGCCGGGAUGCCAUCGAGGUUGCCUCCAGGCUGUACGAUCAAGUAGACGAAGAGGUCCACAAGGUGGUCCUUGCCUCCAACAGGUGUCUGCAGGAGCUGGAGAGGCUACGGGAAGCGAGGGUGCUCCAGGAGGGACAAGGGCAGGUGGAUGGGUGGAUGCUGCAGUGUCUGGAACACCUGGGUCCCGAGCCGGUCACUGAGUAUCCGAAGAGCUGUCACCAGGAGGCCACAGAGCUGACUGCGUGGAGUUUCCCCGGGGCGAGCACGGUGGAGGCAGGCCUGGGCAGCUGGCGGGCACUGCCGCAAUGGCACAGCUUGUGGCUGCAGAGCCAGCAGACUCGACUCUGCUUCCAAGGGGCCCUUUCUGGGGCUCCCCCCGACCCUGGGGCCCCACCUCUGAGCCCGAGCCCCCUGCAGUACGAGCUUCCCCAGGGGGCUGAGAGGAGGCAAUGUGAGCCUUCUUGGAUCCCCCACACUGAUCCGGAGGGCCACACUGGGGAGCAUGCCCAGCUGCCGCCGGGCCUCCCUGAACAAGCCGCUCUCUGCAGGCAGGAGGGUGAGCACCCGGCCCCAGACAACGGCCCUGCCUGUUCCUCCGAGCCCAUCCAGACACCCACAACCCACCCCAAGAAAUACCCCCUGAAGAAAAUUAUGAGGAAAACACAAAGCUUUGAGAUUCCACAGCUUGACAGUGGCCCCCGGGACUCCCCCUGGCCAGGCCACACUGGGGUUUUCAUCAGGGGCCUGGAGGUGACCAGCACUGUGGCCUCAGAGAAGCAGCCCCCACCGAGGCCACAUGCCGAGAGCCCCCUGGGUACUCGGACGCGGAGUCUGUCCUCUCCCUCCAGGAUCCACCCAUCCGAGGAGGACAGGAGGAGGCAAGCAGGAAGCCGACUGCAGCACAUAAUGGCCGAGAUGGUUUCCACAGAGAGGGAGUAUGUCAGGUCCUUAGGAUAUGUCAUCGACAACUAUUUUCCAGAAAUGGAAAGGACAGACCUGCCUCAGGACCUUCGAGGGAAGCGCAGCAUGAUCUUUGGGAACCUGGAGAAGCUCUAUGACUUCCACCGCCAGCAUUUCCUCGCAGAGCUGGAGCGCUGCCAGCCCUGCCCCUUGGCAGCGGGCCGCGGGUUCCUGAGACACGAGGAACAGUUUGGCAUGUACGCGCUUUACAGCAAGAACAAGCCCCGGUCAGAUGCUCUGCUCUGCAGCCACGGCAACGCCUUCUUCAAGGACAAGCAGCGGGAGCUGGGAGACAAGAUGAACCUGGCCUCGUACCUGCUGAAGCCCGUGCAGCGUAUGGGCAAGUACGCACUGCUUCUCCAGGACCUGGCCAGGGAGGCCAGCUGCUGCCCUGCCUGGGAGCAGGAGCUGGGGGAGCUCCGGGCUGCCGAGGGUGUGGUCCGCUUCCAGCUGCGCCAUGGCAACGACCUGUUGGCGAUGGAUGCGGUCCGAGGCUGUGAUGUAAAUCUGAAGGAGCAGGGGCAGCUGAGAUGCCAGGAUGAGUUUAUCGUCUGCUGUGGAAGGAAAAAGUAUCUGAGGCACGUCUUCCUCUUCGAAGACCUCAUCCUGUUUAGCAAGACCAAAAAGGUGGAUGGAGGCUACGACACCUACAUGUACAAACAGUCCUUCAAGACAGCCGAGAUUGGGAUGACGGAGAACGUCGGAGACAGUGGCUUGAGGUUUGAGAUCUGGUUCCGCAGACGGCGGAAAUCCCAGGACACCUACAUUCUCCAGGCCAGCUCUGCAGAGGUCAAGACAGCCUGGACCCACAUGAUAGGGCAGAUCCUGUGGCGGCAGGCUCUGCGGAACAGAGAGCUCAGAAUGCAGGAAAUGGUGUCAAUGGGGAUGAGCACCAAACCGUUCGUGGACAUCCAGCCCAGCGAUGCAGCCAUAAGUGAUCGGGCCGUCAAGAAGGGGGCAGAGUCAUGGACGCGAGCACCCAUGGCCGUGCCCCCCUGUGACCACGCCACCUCCUUUAAGAGGCCACACUCUACCAUCUCAGACAGCAGCACCUCCUCCUCUGGCAGCCAGUCCUCCUCUGCCCUGGGGCCACCGGGCCUGCAUGCCACUGCCAGCCCAGCCCUGCGGAGCUCCGCCUCCUGCCCCUGGCCGUACGACAUGCGCACCUGCUUCGAGGAGGAGGAUGAGCUGGAGCAGGAGACCGGGAGCCAGCCUUCCACGAUGACUGAGUGCACGUCGUUGGGGGCCGGUGGCCUCAGGCUCCCAGGGCUGUUCUCUGAGGAGGGCCCCCAGAGCGCCUGCCCUGCUGUCCCCAGGAGGGGCUCGCAGCAGCAGCUCCACAGCCAGUUCACCACAACCCUGUGAGGUAUUUGGAUGAGACUCAGCCCAGGGAGAAUCCCCGUCAGAGAGAGCAGAGGACCCUCGGCCCAGAUCUGUGCCUGAGGUCUGGGAAUGAAGUGCUCAUGCUGGGAGCUCCUGAUGCACCCCUACCGCAGCUGCUGGCCACCCCCACCCUCAGCACGCCAUGGGCCCUGCCUGCCUGGCCAUCACCUGGCCUCCCUCCACUCCUUCUGGGGCUCCUCAACCCCAGGCCACAGGCUCAGAGGGCUAGCCAGCCCAGAUCUCCACCCCCGCACUGCUCUGAAUUCCCCCGUGCUCCGAGGGCUGUGCCAAGGUUGGGGUGGAAACACACGGACCCCUGGUUCCGUUGGGGAGGUCCAAGCAGGCUUGGGGUGUCUCAGAGCAAGGUGGGCCCUCUGCAACCCUGUUUCCUGCAGUUCCAGGCCACACAGGCCCAUGGGCGACAGUCCCCUGGAGUAGCCCUCGGUGAGAUGUGUCCCAGACACAAAGGGUGCCUCUGAGUAUAAUUGGAAUAUUGGUUCUCUUUCCUUUUUAACAAGGCAUGUAUAGACAGUGGGGCUGCCGGUCACCACCUGUGGGCCUGGGUCCCAGGUUGGGGUGAGGGCACAGCAGCUAGGCCUGAGGUCUGGGGUGUAGAGAGCGCCCCAAGAGGACCACCCCUCUCCAAAUGGAGCAGAAUAAUAAUAAGCAGGGAAAGCCUAGGUAGACAGAAGACUUCAGUGAGCUUCCUGCUGCAGGUGUCUUCCCCACGAGACCCCCAUUCUCCAGGCGGCAGCACCACCAGACCAGCCACCUGGAACAGGGGCGGGUGGACAGGCAGGGUCCACACCAGAGGGACUUUGCGACUGUGUGUUUCCCAGCUGCUCUGAGCUGUUUCCAUUGUUACUUUGUUUCAGUGCUGACUUGUUCCGAACUCCAGGAACAUAAAUAAAUGGGACCUGUUUUUCUAA